AACUGUAUCAUCUUUCGAAACCCUAAACCCCGUAUCCGCCAUUCCAAAUUCCCCACGACGCCGACCAGCACCGUCCCCGACUCCUCCGGCGAAACCCUAGCCAUGUCGUGGCGCGGCGUAGCCUCUCGCUCCCUCCUCUCCGCCGUCCGUGGCCGUACCGCCUCCACUGCCCCGCGCCUCAGCGCGAGCCCCCUCCCCUCCGCCCCUCGCGGCCGCAUCCCCGCUUUCUCCUCCCCUUUCGCCACAGCAAGGCCAUUGGCGGCGAUGAUGGGGUCACCUGCAGCGGUGGUAGCAAGUCUGACGGGGCACUGCGCGGCGAGCGUGCGGGCGUGCUGUGAGCUCUCCCAGGGAAAUGGAGACGAUGCAUGAGGCUUGGGCGGCCAUUUUAAAGCAUAGUCAAGGUGCUCUUGUUGAAGCAGUGUACUUUGGUUAUUUUGUCAAUCUUGAGUCACUGAGAAAUUAGUAAGACAAAUUGAAUAUCUGUGACAAUACAGAUUGAAUAAUUAGACACGGUGAUGAAAACGAUAUAGAUAUUUUCUUCCUCGUGUCUCAUGUAUUUGACUUGGAACAUCUUGACUAUCAAAAGUUUCUCCUAUUAUGCAAAAUUCAAAAUCUUUCUUAAUUUUUACGUAUUAAUUUCCUAAUUAUCAGUCAAUUCUCAUAUCUUCACCCUGGCUAUAAACUAGUAACAUAUCCUAGAGAAGCUAUAUUGUAUUUUUCAUGAUUAGGUGUUAUCUCAUGUUAAAUACUAAACUCUUGACAAUUGACGUCAAUACUCUUUGAUACCAAGGUUUUCUAGUCCAAUUUAUUCCAACAAUUUAACCUUGUAACCACAAUGUGCUUACACCACUGCAUUGCCCCAAACAUCUACAGCACUUGCUGUCAGGUAUUCCCACGUCAAACUUUAUGUCCUGCUUCCACGUGCUAUGAUUUCUCUCCACAUGUCCUCAAAAUGUUGUGGAAGAAAGUGCUGACUUGCUUAAACAUUUAACUGGUUCUUGUACUGCUCUUGGUUCUUGGUCUAUGAUUUUCAUGUCGAACCUACCUAGCAUGUAACCUUAUUUUUCAGGUACUUAAAGCAUGAGACGUUCUUCGCUGCGAGGAUACAUAUCUUUUGGGGUCCAUCUCGUGGAAGAUCUUCUGGCAUAAGUUCUUUUUUUCUGCAAUUUACGUAGUUACACGAACCUCUCCACUUUGUAUUUCUAGUUUACCUGUCUCCUAAGGAACAAAAAAUUCCUUGAUCUCCAUAUAAAUAACGUCCUGUUAAUUGGCCACUUAUUAUUUCAUAAUGUGAUAAAAACCAGUGCCUGAAUCUUUUUACUGAUUA